ACCUGGGGCUGCUCCGAAAGGAGAAGGAAUCGCAGGCAAAAUGGUGAUACUGAAAGGGAUCCCCAGCAUUAUAUCCCCGGAUUUGCUGUAUGCUUUGGCUAGGAUGGGGCACGGGGAUGAAAUCGUGCUCGCUGAUGCCAACUUCCCAACUUCCUCAUUGUGUCGCUUUGGCCCAACUGAGAUAAGAAUCGAUGGUCUUGGAAUUCCAGAGCUACUCCAGGCCAUUCUAAAACUCUUUCCAUUGGAUACUUACGUCAGCUGCCCAGCAGCAGUGAUGGACCUGGUGAAUGAGGAUAAGGCAAAGGGCUUGCAGACUCCAAUCUGGGAGAAGUAUCAGGAGUUAUUGUCAAACACUGGUUGUGCAAAGCCCCUCGAAAAGAUUGAACGAUUUGCAUUUUACGAACGCACAAAGGCAUCUUUUGCUGUGGUUGCUACAGGGGAAACUGCACUGUAUGGAAAUCUCAUCCUGACCAAAGGUGUGAUUCCUGCCGGAGAAAAGGGCGAGUGAAAAUAGAGGAUAUUCGUGGAAUAAAUUGCAUUGACAAAUACAAAUGCAGAAAUUCCUGAUUCUAGUGAUACGAUGAUUGAUUUCUCUCAAUGUCUUUGUUUCUUAAUGAUAUAACUCUGAAUUAGGAAAUUUAUCCCGUGCCCUGUAGUUCAGAAUGAGUAGAAUUCACAUAUUCUAAUGGCAGCACUUUGACAAUCCCACUAUGAAUAUUAAGGGUAAAGGACUAAGCAUUGUGACGAUAUUAGAGCAGAUUGCUAAUAUCAUCUUUGAACAUUGUGAGUUUCUUUGUAUAAUGAAUUAUGUGAUGGUACAUUUCUUCAUGAAUCAUUCUGGUUUUUGCUCUAAUGCUUUUAAUAUUGAGAGGUUUAUGUAGCAUCACUUUCAGUGUUACAAUGAAUUACCAGGGAUACAUUUCAUUUGUUUUGCAUUUUCCUACUUCUGUAAACAUUGAUUCAAGGUCAAAUUCAUACUAAGAGCCAUUGCCUUCGAAAAUAUUCAGUGAACUGUUUUUGUUUAAAAACACGUGGGAUUUUUCUCUUCCCUCCAAGUGUUUGUAAUGACUUUUCAUUAAGACCAUCUUUAUAUAAGUUUAGAUGAAAUGCAGAUCCCACAAGCUGUGGAGCACAAUUGAAGCUGGACUUGAACUGGAGUUGCAGAAUCCUGUGCAUCAAGUUAUUUAGCUGUCCCUUCUGAAGUUAAGGCAAAUCCCCCACUCACUGUCAACACUGUGCAAAGUGCCAGCAGCUAAGUAGGGCUGUUGUUCAUACUGUAAGGUUUUAAAAGUUAUUAUGAAGUUGAUGAUGCUCCACUCCAGUUAAUGGAUUGCUUGGCGAUGACAACAGAUUACUGGGGGUGAUAAAGAGAUCCAAACAGAAAUGAAAAAGAUAUGUCUGGUCUUCAGAUUGUGCAAUUAUUGUGGAAUAGCUAAUUGAGACCAGGGACAAAAAGAGUCAGACUGUAAACUGCAGCUUUCUACCCCCAUAGUUCCUCAUCUUUGUAGGAUAAUGUUGCCUUAUUGUGGGUGUUGGCUACUCACUGAAUCUGGUCUUAAUAUUUUGAUUUUAGAAAGGGAUUCUAUUUCCAAAUGAUUUCACUCUGCAUUUCCUUUGCAGAUAUUGCAGCAGGGCUUGCAAUGGGAAGUAGAAUAUUUCAGAAAGAGUAGUGUGCAGGUCAAGCACAAAUCCUCAGGUCACUCAAUUCAGCAACAAAUUAUUCAUAAAGAUUUCAUCACUCAGAAGCUACAAGACACUGAGCCCAGUUGUGUUUAAUGUGGGGAUGGAGAGAAAUCCACAGCAGGUUCAGUUAUCAGCUUAAACAAAAAAAAGUGUGCACGUGGAUUCACAAUGCCAGCUUCUCCAGAAAAUUUUGUACGAGAAGCAAUAAAAAUGCACAUUGCCCGUGGCUUGUAGACAUACGCGGAAAUGUUAUGUGAGAUUCUGGGCAUGAUAAAUAAUUCCUAACAGUGUGUGGGCUUUGCUGUUGGAGUGCAUCGACUAGCAGCCAUGAAAAGUUGGCCACUUUUCUUGCAGAACUCCAAUGGGAUAGAUUGUUACUCACUACAAUGCUGCAUUACGGAGUGCCAUUUAAGAAGGACUCAAAUUGAAGAUCUAAUUCAAAUACUUCCCACACACCCCGCAGGCAAAAGCAAUAUUUAAAUUAGGCAGAAAUCAAGUAAUCAAAUCUUGGCAGUGUGAUCGAGUUUGAGAUCCAGUUGGGAAAAGAUUAAUAUUCAAAGGGAAAGAGCCUACAUUUUUUUGUAUGAGUGUGCAUAAAACAAAAUGCUUCAGAAAGAAGCCAGCUGGAAAUGUUCCCCAAGAAUUUAUUUCGCCUUGUGUUCCAUGAUUCAAGGAUUGCUGUUACCACAGGCCAUAGGAGCAGAAGAUGGCCAUUCAGCCCAUCAAGUCUGCGAUUCAGUAAUGAUUUUUUAGCCCUUGGUAGGAUGUAAACGUCAUUGUUUGGCCAACAUUUAUUAGCUGUACCUAGUUGUUUUUGAAGGUGGUUCUGAGCUGCCUUCUUGAACCACUGCAUAUGCUGCGCAUUGACCCACAAUGCCCUUAUGGGGGGAUUUCCAGAUUUUGACCCAUCGACGGUGAAGAAACGGCAGUAUAUUUCCAAGUCAGGAUGGCGAGUGGGUUGGAGGGGAGCUUGCAGGUUGUGGUGUCCCCAUAUAUUGGCUCCCUUCUCCUUUAGAUGGAAGUGGUCAUGUGUUUGGAAUGUGUUGUCUGAAGAUUUUGGUAACUUUCUGCAGUGUAUCUUGUAGAUAGUACACACUGCUGCUACUGAGUGUUGUGGUGGAGGGAGUGAAUGUUUUUAGAUGUGCUGCUAAUCAACAUGGGCUGUUUUGCCCUGGGUGGUGUCAGGCUUCUUGAGUGUUGUUGAGUUUCUCAUCAGUGGUAACCCCGAAGAUGUUGAUGGUGAGGGAUCCAGAAAUUGUAACACCUUUAAAUGUCACGAAGUGGAGCUUAGAUUGUCCCUUCUUGGAGACGGAUUCCAUGGUAUUUGUGCAACAUGAAAGUUACUUGCCAUUUGUCAGCCCGAGCCGGGAUGUUGUCCAGAUCUUGUUACAUUUGAACAUGGACUGUGUCAGUAUCUGAGAAGUCACAAAUGGUGCUGAACAUCCCCACUGUUAACCUUAUGAUGGAGGGAAGGUCAUUGAUGAAGCAGCUGAAGAUGGUUUGGCCUAGAGCAUGGCCCUGAUGAACUCCUACAGAGCUGCCCUGGAGCUGAAAUGAUUAACCACCAACAACCACAACCAUCUUUCUAUAUACCCCCUAAUUCUCACUGAUUCCAAAAACAGAAGUUGCUGGAAAAGCUCAGCGGGUCUGGCAACAUCUAUGAAGAGAAAUCAGAGUUGACGUUUCAGGUCUGGUGACCCUUACUCAGAACUGAUAGUAGUGAGGAAAAUAUCGGUUGAUAUGCAGAAGAUAGGAUGGGAGGAAGGAGUCAAGAGUAAGCAAAAGGUGGAGAUAGAGCCCAAAGAGAGAGAACAGUUGGACAGACAAAGGAAUAGAUAACAAUCUGGCCAGGAGGCAAAUAGCUGUUAAUUGAGACUGUUAGUGGCUAACAAUAGGUAGUGUGUAAUGGCGGACCAUGUGAUGACAAGGCCUGCUGUGUGGGGUAGGGGGCUAGGAUAUCGGAGAAUUCAGGACCUAAAAUUAUUGAACUCGAUAUUGAAUCUGAAGAGCUGCAGGGUCCCCAAGUGGAAGAUGAGGUGUCAUUCUUCCAGUUUGUGCUGAGCUUCGCUGGAACCAUGCAGCAAGCAAAAUCAAUGAACUUUUCCAAUUCCAGUUGAGAGGGGGAAGCAGUAUCAAUUAUAUUAUUGAUAUAUCGGAGAAAGUGUUGUAGGUAGGGGCCAGAAUAGGACUGGAUCAAGGAAUGUUCCACAUACCCCAUGACGAGACAGGCAGAAGUGACUCCAUUAAUGUUCGGGCUCCUCGAGAUCACACUUGAUUGAAUGUGGCCUUGAUGUCAAGGGCUGCCACUCACCUCACCUCAUGGCUGAUCUAAUUAUCCUCAACUUCACUUUCCUAUCUUCACCCCAUAGUCCUUGUUUCCCUUACUGAUUAAAAAUCUGCCUCUGUGCCUUAAAUAUACUUAAUGACUCCCAGCUAUACAGCCCUGUGAAAUAAAGAAUUCCAUGGAUUCACUCCUCUCUAAAUAUGGAACAGCAACACCAAGAUUGCUCCAUAUACCCUUCUCAUGACAAGAUAGCACCUAAACUCUAUUUAAACAUAAUCUGAGAGAGUAACACAUACCACAUCAUUUAUGGACAUUAAACUGUUGUGCUAAAAAUCACAUGCCUUCAUGAAACUGGAGAAACCAGGGGUAUAGGUUUAAGGUGAGAAGGGGAAGAUUUUAAAAAGAUUCAAGAGGCAACUUUUUCAUGCAAAGGGUGGUGCAUGUAUGGAAUGAGCGCAAGAGGAUCUGGCGGAGGCUGGUACAAUGGCAACAUUUAAAAGGCAUCUGGAUGGGUAGAUGAAUAGCAUGAGUUUAGAGGGAUGUGGGCCAAAUGUUGGAAAAUGGGACUAGGUUAGAUUGGGAUGUCUGGCACAGAUAAAUUACACUGAAGGGCCUGUUUCCAUGCAGUGUAACUUUUAGGGAAAUGAAAACAAGCAAGACAGCAUUGAGUAUCUUAGAAAUUGCACUUUAUUGUGCUUUAAACCAAUACCUUUACCUACUCAAUGAGAUGUCAGUUGGACUGUCUCUGGCUGUUGCUGUCUGCACAUAUUGCUUCUUAUCUUUAUCUUUAACUCAUUAUGAGCUGUAUUCUUUAUUUAUAUCCAUAGGUAGUGGGUUUUUAAGUACAGCACUGUAGUGCAGAGUCUGAGACUCCUCUCUUUACAUGCUUAAUCUGGACUGGUGUCUUCUCUUUACUGCUGUCAGAGUUGCCUAGUCAUUUAUAUCAUCAUGAUUUACGUGGAUCUCAUUGUAUCACAGAAUUCCGAUACCCUUUAUAUAGCAGUGGACAUUCAAGCUCAAGGUUUAAAACAAUAAUCAUUAGCCAACAUGUUCUAGAAAUCUGGCUUUCAAAUUUUUUUGCAUAUGUGCAGUUGUAAGCUGAUAUGUUUUGGAAGGUCAAAUGCAAGAGAAAAGUGUACAGUAAAUGGCAGAACCCUUCAGGAGCAUUGAUAUGCUGCUAGAUGUUGGGGUGCAUGUCCAUAGCUCCCUGAAAAUGGCAACACAAGUGGAUAAGGUGGUAAUGAAGGCAUUGACUGUAAAAGUUGGCAAGUCACAUUGCAGCUGUGUAAAACUUUAGGCGGCAUUUGGAGUAUUGUGUGCAGUUCUGGUCACUAUAAGAAGGAUGUGGAGGCUUUGGAGAGGGUGAAAAAGAGGUUUACCGGGAUGUUAGAGAUAAUGGGAACUGCAGAUGCUGGAGAAUCCAAGAUAACAAAGUGUGAAGCUGGGUUUCCAAGCGGAAUAUAAGUUGCUGUUCCUGCAACC